CCUAAUUUAACUUGUUUAAUGCUUUGCUCUCUCUGACCCUCUGAUAGAAGAAAUGGUUACAUGAGAGCUUAAGAUACCAUGGUAUUUAAAAAUAUAGGAACAGGGCCCUAGGCUCCCCCUGACAAAGUACUGGUGUGACCAGUCAGACCAAAAUCUGGUGACAGCUGAUGAUUUACGCCUACAGUUCACUAUAACACAACUAAAACACUUCUUUAUCGUGGAUAUACAUGUUCAGCAGGAUGGAUCGGCCAACACUGUUUGACUUCCACGAAGUCUCCAUGAUCAAACAAUUCACUGACAGCUGGGAGGACAUACAGAACUUCAAAGCCAGACCAGAUGAUAUUCUUAUAGUUAGUUAUCCUAAAUCAGGAACAACAUGGGUCUGUUACCUCAUGGAUUUACUGUUUUUUGGGCGGACAUAUCCAGAGCACCUGGCGUCUAUCCCUCUUCAUGAGAGAGUGCCGUUUCUGGAGAUCAGCAGAACUUCUCUAACACCAGGAUAUGUUCAGAAAGGUACAGACUUGUUAGACCAGCUCACCACUACUCCUCGUCUGAUAAAAACUCACCUGCCAGUCCAGUUUCUACCCAAGUCCUUCUGGGAGCAGAACAGCACAAUAGUCAAUGUGGCUCGCAAUGCAAAGGACACUGCUGUGUCGUAUUACCAUUUUUGCCGCAUGAAUUAUUGCAUGCCAGAACAAGCUGAUUGGAGCACCUUUCUACAGAAUUUCAAGGAUGGAAAGGUGUCGUAUGGCUCUUGGUAUGACCAUGUGACCAGCUGGUGGGAGAAGAAACAGAGUUAUUCGAAACUUCACUACAUGUUCUACGAAGGUCUGUCUGAGGACACGGGACGAGAGAUAGACCGACUCUGUUCCUUCCUUAGGUUGUCUCUUUCAGCUGAUGAGAAGGAAAAUGUCCUAACCAGAGUGAAGUUUGACAAUAUGAAAACGAACAACAUGACCAACUUUUCCACAAUCCACCAUAUGAAUCAAGCAGUGUCCCCUUUCAUGAGAAAAGGGAAAGUCGGUGACUGGAAAAACCUUUUCACUGUGGCCCAGGAUGAAAAGUUUGAUGAAGACUACCAGCAGAAAAUGAAGAAUCCUACACUGCAGUUUUGUUGGAGCCAGAGGCAGCGGGUUUGUCUCGGGAUAUGGAAGGCUAAUAUUUGAUCAAUUAUCAUGCUUGUUUUAAGCAACAAAGAAGACGUUAUUAUGUUAACAACAGCAAUUAUAUGCACUUAUUGGCUGAACAUAUUUUAUUGUAGCAUUGGCUACAAUAAAAUAUGUUCAGACUACUUUUAGAGAAAAUUGGUGUGAAAUGGAUGUGACCUGAAAUGUAGAGAGGUGUAAGCCUUCUCGAUCCAUCAUUACCCGUCUCCCGACAGGCCUGAACUGUGGUUAUUUUGAUUAUUAUCUGCAUUUUAUAAACAAAUAUAAGGUUGAUGAUUGUCUGAGAAGGGUUUUUGUUAUAAUGAUUGUUAUUGAUUACAGCAAAAAUGAUUUUUAAAAAGCCUGAUUAAUGUCAGACAUUGAUGUAUUUGAUCCAUUGUGAAUCCUCCCAAUUCUUUUCAUUCUUUCUAUUAUGCGAUAUCUGAAUAUAAAUAAAUA